CUUACAUAACCAAACGUCAAUUCGUUGGCCGCGCGUUCGUCAAAGAGAAACCGUUUUAAAAUUUCGUUCUCUAACUGGCGUCGUUUUCGUGAUUAUUUUCGUCGUCGUCACAGAAAGAUUUUUGUGAGGAGUAUUUUUCUAAAUGUUUUAAAUGACAAUGACUCCACCGCAUAUGGAUUCACCGUUACGGCGAUCUGAGGUUGGAGCAUUUCGAACUCCCGUUCAAACGCCAGUGAUUAAUGACGAUGAGGCUGAACGGAGGGAAGCUCGUAGGAGGACGACGGCGGUACUGGACACCCCGUCCACGACAGUGGAAGAAAGUGAAACGCUGAAAAAUUGCCUGCAGCAGUGCAACGAUAAACUAAGCCGAGACAAUGCAUGGGCUGUGUCCGUUAUUGAUACCUUAUCGUCAUUGAUGUCAAGACAUCACAAAGCACUAAGCAAUUUCAAAGUAGCUGGAUCGUCUUUGGAAGCAUCAAGUAGAGUCUAUGCCCUCCGGGUGGAUUCCGUUCACUCAGAGGUCUUGCGUAUUUCUUCGGGUCUCAACAAGCAAAAAGUGAUUAAUGAAAAUGAUGACGAGCCAAGUGCACAGCAUGAAAACGAUGGUGAACAAGUUGGUGGAGCCGAGACGAAUGCCGAGGGUGAACGUCCGGCUAAGCGAAAGAAGAGGACGCGAAAAGCUGUUUCCACGAUCACAAAAAAUAAGGAGACCAUCAAUGCACAUUUGGAUACAAAUCCAUUCACUGACCCAAUUUUCGCGAAAAUGAACUCGGGCGUGGGCAACGUCAGUGGCUCGAAUCGAUUGUUGCAAAAUGUUUUGCAUUCAGUUGACUCGGAAUUGAGAUUAAGGAUGAAUCAUCCAUUUUGGGACUCAAAAGACCAUGAAUCAUUCGAUUAUCCUGAGCAGUAUGACUUUUCAGAUAUGCCAGAUGUAGACGGCGAAAUGGUGGCAAAUCUGAGAUUAACUGGAAUGGUAUUGCGUCCCCAGCUUUCUGGCUAUGUCAUCUCAGAUACGCCAGCCGAGCAAGACGAAAGCGAUGAUGAUCGCCCCAGUGACUCUAACAUGCAUGUGGAUGAAGAUAUUGACCAUAACUCACAAAUGGCAGUAGCAUUUGACAUAAAUGCUGCCGUGGAGGCAAGCCAGCCCGAUACGCAUCCAUUUAUUGAUGUCGACUUGGGCGACUUCGAUGAACUAACGGUUGAGGAGCAAGUUGCAAUAAAUAACUGUAAAGGUCUACGUCGUGCUCCUGUGUUAAUUGAAGACAUGCGCCCGGUCGACUCGUCUUCGUCAACCUUAGAAUAUUCAUAUCGACCUAUGGAUAAAAUCAGUCAAUUUUGGGCUGGCCCCUCUCAUUGGAAAUUCAAGAAAUCUCGGAAUAAAUCACUGAGUUUAGCACAAAGAUUUUCAGCAAAUCACACAGGAGAUAAUAGAAAGCAAAAUUUGAGAGGGAAACGUAAACCCCUGAAAUUCCGCACACAACCACUAGAAUUCCUGGAGAUUCAUGAUAAUCUCUUCCAAAAGUUGGAUGAGAAAAGUAAAAUGCGAAAGGCGAACAUACAGAAGAAAUGGGACGCGAAGAGAAUGAAAUUGCCUACAGAUUUGCAGAUUAAUAAAGACAUUUUCGAUAUAUACAGCUAUUCGCUGGGCACUCAAGUGAUGGAAGAGGUUGAGGCGGCAUUGUCGCCUGAUAUACCGGAUGGGUCCGACUAUGACAAUCCUAACAGUGAGAAGUUUUGUGAUGACAUUCCAAAUGACGAUAUGAUGGAUGUGAUGGAUACCGAAGGGGACGCGCCAGAUAUGAACACGGACACGGAGUGUGUCAACCAAACGGUAAUGGAAAUUGCAACGGAUUUUGUUGGUGCGCCGGAUAAGGUCACUAAGAUUAUUGUGCCAUUUGCAAGGCGAGCGAAAGUUGUGGACAUGAAGCAAUUGAAGAAAUGUUGUACGAUUCUCAUUGAUCAACAAAUGCAUGAAACGGACAAAGAGAACCUUUCCCAGCCGCCGGGAUUCGAAUCAGAAAAGUACAAAGGUGGCGUGGCCUCCUUCAACAAGAUCUACUCAAAUCUGCCGCGCCUGCUCACUCCAAGCAUGAACGAGGCCCUUUCCACCGCCGUGGCCUUUUAUUCAAUAUUGCAUUUAGCCAAUGAGGCGAACCUUAGACUAGUGAUGGAUGACAAACUGAAAGAUUUUCAGAUAAGGAAAAUAGAGGAUUGACGUAAAUUUAGAUCUAAACCACCGCCACAUAUAUUUUUUAUGUAUUGAUCAGUUACUUGGGUAAACAAAAGUAAAGUACGAAUAUGCACUGUUGUAAUUGUGUACAAAUCUGAGAUUGGAAAAAGAUGAAAUGGGGCAUGAUCGGUUGCCAACUUGUAUUUAUUUUCUAGACUAAACGAUUUUUUUCUCUUUUUUCUUUCUUUGUGAGGCAAACAAGUCUUUUUAAUGGCGUAUUAAUAUUAGAUAUUUAACAGAUACAUUUAUAUAGAUAGAACAAUGUUUAGUGGUAGAGAAAGUAAUGUUAAAUAUAUUUUUUAUUGUUCUAAGGUUA